AUGUCUCAAAAGUCCAAAUGUACUGUAGAAACGAAGGGGAGCACGAAGGGGAGCAAGGAUUCAAAUGGUACCUCGCACUCCAUUGUUGAUGGAGUCCUCUACUGUAAAUGCGGUGAAAGGGCUGCGUUGAGGGUUUCUAGAACUGAUGCGAACCCAAAAAGACCUUUUUAUGCUUGUUAUCUACCUAGGUACCAUGAAUUCAAUUGCAAUUUCUUUCGGUGGGUUGAUGAAGUGGAAGAGGAAAUAGCACAAGAUGGAAGGGUCAAUGUACUUGGCAACAAAAAGGAAGAUGAACUACAGGUGCAUGAGGAUUCUGGUAUGAGGCAAGAGUUAGUGCAGGUCAGGGAAGUUAUGUUGAAGACAAGUGAAGAGGUGAUUGAAGAAUUGAGGCUGGUGAGGGAAGUUAUGUUGAAGACAAAUGAAAUUCUGAGUGAACAUGUCAAGCUUCAGAAAUAUUAUGGCAUAGGAAUGGCUUUGGUUGUCAUACUUCUGUUGAUUGUGUUGAUCAUUGUUGUCAUUGUGAAGUAG